GCCCCUCCUGGAUGCGAGAAAGGAUGCAGCAGACAGCAUAUCUGACCUUCACAUUAAUAGCCUACAGAUUAAACGCAUGUAGAGUGCAUUAGAUGGCACGUCGGCACAGGCUGCACCACAACAAUGGAGCGUCUUUAAGGUUACUGCAGCAGUGAUUUUGAAUUUAAUUGCUUCUAAAAGGACUUGCGUGGCUGUUGAUGUGGGCAUCAUGCACGCUGAUGUCUGCUUUCUGCUCUGCGCGUGCUUUCUCUCCACUGGAGCGCUUCAGCCGCGUGGACAGGUGCUUCAGACAUGCAGCCAAACCAGAUCCAAACGAGAAACCGACAGAACAGAGAGAGAAGCACGUAAACCUGGCAGCACCUUCCUGAUGAGAAGUCCAGACGUCACAAAAGCUCCUGUCACAAAAUCAGAACAACUCCUGAAGUUAGAUGACCAUGACUUCACCAUGAGGCCUGGCUUUGGAGGUCCCGCGAUACCUGUGGGUGUUGAUGUUCAGCUUGAGAGUCUGGACACCAUCUCUGAAGUCGAUAUGGACUUCACCAUAACCCUGUACCUGAGACAUUACUGGAAGGACGAGCGACUGUCCUUUCCCAGCAACACCAACCAGAGCAUGACCUUUGAUGGCCGGCUGGUUAAGAAAAUUUGGGUACCCGACAUAUUUUUUGUCCAUUCCAAACGAUCUUUCAUUCAUGACACCACCACAGAGAAUGUCAUGCUCCGAGUGCAUCCCGAUGGCAAAGUGCUCUACAGCUUGAGGGUCACGGUCACAGCAAUGUGCAAUAUGGAUCUCAGUCACUUUCCACUGGACACCCAGACAUGCUCAUUGGAGAUUGAAAGCUAUGCCUAUACUGAUGAUGACCUCAUGCUGUACUGGAAGAGAGGAAACAAAUCUCUGCAGACGGAUGAGAAGAUCUCUCUGUCUCAGUUCCUCAUUCAGGAGUUUCACACCACCACAAAACUAGCUUUCUACAGCAGCACAGGUUGGUACAAUCGUCUUUACAUCAACUUCACUCUGCGUCGUCAUAUCUUCUUCUUCCUGCUUCAGACGUACUUUCCCGCCACUCUAAUGGUAAUGCUGUCAUGGGUGUCCUUCUGGAUUGACCGACGAGCUGUUCCUGCGAGGGUUCCUCUGGGCAUUACGACGGUACUCACCAUGUCCACCAUCAUCACUGGAGUGAACGCCUCCAUGCCCAGAGUCUCCUACAUCAAAGCUGUGGAUAUUUACCUGUGGGUCAGCUUCGUCUUUGUCUUCCUGUCUGUGAUCGAGUACGCCGCUGUCAAUUACCUGUCCACUCUGCAGGAGCGCAAAGUACAAAGCAACAGGCAGUUGCCGUGUACUUGUGGAAUGACCCAUCCUGGUCAGAUGAUGAUGAGCAGCAGUUACAGUGACAUGGACAUGAUGACCACAGGAAACUACGGCAUGUCGGAGCUGAGCGGGGACAAACAGGAGCAGUUCCUGGUUCAUCUGGUCCUAGAUAACGAGCAGGGAGCUCAAAGACCUGCUGUAACCUCAAACAGUAGCUUAUUAAUAGACACUCAUGCCAUAGACACAUACUCACGGGUCAUCUUCCCUGGAGCAUACACACUCUUCAACAUCAUAUACUGGUCCAUCUACUUGCAGUGACUGCUGCUUCUUCACUAUGACAUUUGACAAAGUCUUGGGUAUACAAAUUACCCAUGAAAAACUAAGUUUGUUCUUUUUUAUUACAUUGCAACAUGGAAUCAAUUUUGCCAGCAAUAAAAUGCAUGUGAAUGUGGGCAGUUGACAUGAUCUGUCCUCAAAAGAAAAAGGUUUUUUUUUCCUUA